CCAUGGGCUCGAUGCUCAUGAGCUUGGCACACAAGAAUCAAUUGGAACAAACUUCGAUGAGUUUUGUGUCAAGUGUCAAAUUUUAAAACAUAACCACAAAUAAUUUGUUUACUUUAUAUCUAACGUCAAUGGUUUACUUGUUGUUUUGUCCGAAAUAAUCGAUUAAUUAAAUAAAAAAUACGAAUACUAUGGAAGCACUUAUAUUUUGUGCAUCAGAUACUAUGUCUGGCUGGUCCACUUCAUCUUCAGAUGAAGAGGAACAUCUUAAAAUUACAAAAAUAGAAAAUUUUGUAGAGCAAACAGUCAAGCAAUACGAUCCUGACACUUUUAAACGCCACUUCCGAAUGAAACGAGAAACAACCAAUGAACUUAUUGAAAACUUUGCAAAAAGUGAGUACAGUACCAACACUGUUAGAGGGAUACCUCAUAUAUCAAAUGAAACCAGUGUGCUUUUAACAAUGUGGUAUCUUGCAAAUACAGAGAGUUUUAGGCAAAUAUCCGAUCGGUUCAAUGUCAGCUUAAGUUCAGCACAUAGGUCUCUAUUUCGAGUGAUUGACUUUUUAAUAUCUAUCAAAAGUAGAUAAAUAAAAUGGCCCAGUGAUGAAGAAAAAGAGAUAAUUGCAAGCAAAUUUAAAAACUAACAACAAUUUAAUGGAGUUAUAGGCGCAAUUGACUGUAGCCAUGUGGAAAUCAACCGACCAAACAAAGAUCAAGACUCAUAUUGUAACCGAAAGGGUUAUCAUAGCUUGAUCAUACAAGCAGUUUGUGAUACUGAUAAAAAAUUCUUGGAUAUAUACUGUGGGGAACCAGGAUCUCUUCACGAUGCGAGGGUAUUAAGAAAAUCAGCAAUUUAUCAGAAAGCUGGAAAUCCACAAUUUUUCAAACAUUAUUACCUCUUAGGUGAUUCAGCAUAUCCAAGUAUGUCGUGGCUAGUACCUCCCUUUAAAAACACGGGUGCCCUAUCAGAUGAACAGAAACAAUUUAAUUAUAAACAUUCGUCUACUAGAAUUGUUAUUGAAAACGCAUUUGGUUUGCUAAAAAAUAUAUAUAGAAGACUUCUCCAUUUGAAUAAUAACAAUGUGAAAUUUUGCGUUAAAAUUAUAAUGGCGUGUUGUGUAUUACACAAUAUUUGCAUAAUAGAUUCUGAUGAAAUGGAGGUGGAUGAAAAUGACACAGAUGAAGAAAAUAUACCUAACCAUGAUCUGGUUGCAGAACUGGUUCAAAAUAAUGUACCUAUGAAGAGAGAAGAAAUAUUUAGAAAAAUGUUUUCUGUGUGAAUUUCUAAAUAAAUGUAUUAAUUUAUAAUAAUAGUAUGGUAUGAAUAUAGUGUAGAAUAAAUUUUUAGUAAAAGUAGGAAAUAUAUUGUAACGAAUUUAUUUUUGAAAAAAAAAUAUAUCUAUUUUACAUGGCAUUA